GUGAAGAGUUUAUUGAAGGACAGCGAGAACAUGAGUGAUCCAGAACCCUGCAGAAUUAAACAUGAAGACACUGAACAACAAAUAGACCUAAUUGAAGAGUGUGAGGAGAGUAAAGAAGAGGAACACCAUGUCAAAAUUGAGGACAAAACUCAUUUACAGACUCAUGGUAUUUUCAAAAGGAGAGACAAGAGUGGUUUUACCUGCACCCAGUGUGGAAAGUGUUGGGCCAGCAGAAGGAAACUUAAGAUUCACAUGAGGAUCCACACUGGAGAGAAACCAUUCACCUGCACUCAGUGUGGGAAGAGUUUCAAACAAUCAUCAAACCUUAAUCUGCACAUGAGGAUCCACACUGGAGAGAAACCAUACACAUGCACUCAGUGUGGAAAGAGUUUUAGCCAAGCGCCAACACUUUAUACACACAUGAGGAUCCACACUGGAGAGAAACCAUUCACAUGCACUCAGUGUGGGAGGAGUUUUAGCCAAUCACAAAAUCUUCAAAAACACAUGGUGAUCCACACUGGAGAGAGACCAUACACAUGCAUUCAGUGUGGGAAGAGUUUCAGCCAACCACCAUCACUUUAUACACACAUGAGGAUCCACACUGGAGAGAAACCAUACACAUGCACUCAGUGUGGGAAGAGUUUCAGCCAAACAUCACACCUUAUUAAACACAUGAGGAUCCACACUGGAGAGAAACCAUUUCCAUGCACUCAGUGUGGGAAGAGUUUUAGCCAAUCACCAUCACUUUAUGCACACAUGAGGAUCCACACUGGCGAGAAGCCAUUCACUUGCACUCAGUGUGGGAAGAGAUUCAGCCAAUCAUCACACCUUAUUAAACACAUGAGGAUCCACACUGGAGAAAAACCAUUUCCAUGCACUCGGUGUGGGAAGAGUUUCAGUCGAUCAUCACACCUUAAUGACCACAUGAAGAUCCACACUGGUGUAAAAGAGUAUAUGUGCUUUGAGUGUGACAAGACUUUUAUUAAAGCUGGAGAAUUGAAACAGCACCAGAGGGUUCACACUGGAGAAAAACCGUACGAGUGUUCACACUGCAAUAAGAGAUUUGGUGGUUUAGGAACCCUGAAAAAACAUGAGAGGAUCCACACUGGAGAGAAACCGUACGAAUGUUCACUCUGCAAUAAGAGAUUUAAUUGCACAGGAACCCUGAAAAAACAUGUGAGGACUCACACUGGAGAGAAACCGUACGAGUGUUCACACUGCAAUAAGAGAUUUAGUUGCUCAGGAACCCUGACAAAACAUGAGAGAAUUCACACUCGAGAGAAACAAUAGACAUGAUCAGAAUCUUUAGAGCAGGGGUCACCAAUCUCGGUCCUGAAGGGCCGGUGUCCCUGCAGGGUUUAGCUC